AUGACGAUCCGCGGCCUUGAACCGCUGUCUUCGACUUCCAAAUCCACGGAUUCCAGUUCGACCAUGCUGGAGCAGGUGCUGGCAGCCAUGACUCGCAUGGAGUCACGGCUGGAGGCGCGCAUAGACGCGCGGCUGGAAGCACAGGACCGCGGCGCAUCGAAAGCGAUUCAGCUGCCAAGACCGGAUCCGGAGCCACCGUCGGGAGGGCUGCCCCAGUGCGGCCAAUAUCCGGUGUAUGCACAGGCAUCCAGAGGGGCGCAAGCUGGAACGCCACGACUGGGAAUAGGCGAUCCGUCGGGGAGCAGCUACGCUGGGAUCUUGCCGAACCCUAACCCUAGUAUGGGUUUGAAUUCUUGGGUGAACCCCAACGCACCACGAUCUACCGCAUGGGAUCCACCGGGGUCUAGAGCAGAAUCUGCGAGUGCCAGGCAGCCAACGGCCUGGGAUAAUCCAGCGGCUAGGCAGCCCGGGGGGCAGUUCGAUCAGCCAAGACAAUUCAAGAUGCAUCAGCCGCGAUUUGACGGUUCGGAGGCGGCGACUUGGAUCUCGAGGGUGCAAUAUUAUUUCGAGCACUUGCUAAUGCCGGAGGAGCACAGAUUGCAUUAUGUGAUUAUGUUGUUUGAUCCGCCGGCCUCGGAAUGGGUGUUCAACUAUCAUGAGAACAAUCCGCAGGCAAGAUGGACGGAUUUCUUGGAGGAUGUGAGGCGACGUUUCGACCCCCAAUACUUUCAGAAUUUUAUUGGAUUGAUCGCCAAAUUGAGUCAGUCCGGGUCCUUGGCAGAGUACCACACGACGUUCGAAACAAUGCUUAAUCGUGUGCGCGGGGUCCCGGAGUACAUUUUGCUCCCAAUUUAUGUGGAAGGUCUUCAGCAACCAGUUAAGAACCAGGUUAAGCAUCAGAACCCGUCGUCAGUGGCAGCAGCUAUGGCACUGGCUAUAGAGUAUGACAGUUGCAUUGAACGUCCUCCAGCGACGUCAGGGGCGCCCCGUCGGCCGUGGCAAAACCGUGAUCAGCGUGUUAUGACACACCCGCUGCAACAAUCGACGUUGCCCCCAUCAACCAAUCAGCCGAAUCGUUCCAAUCAGGCGAAAGGCUCGGAGUAUCCUAGGUUGCCAGUUGUACGGUUAACAGCUGCGGAGAGGGCGGAGCGUUCUAAGCUCGGCCUAUGCUGGUAUUGCCCAGAGAAGUGGGUUGCAGGGCAUUCCUGUAGGGGCAGAUUUUUGGUUUACAUGGGAGAGGAUUUGGAGUCAGAUGAGGACUCGGAGCACGGCCAGGAGGAAAAUAGGGAUCCGCCAGUAAUAUCGGCGGACUUGUCCCAUAUUUACGCGCUGGACGGACGGCAACGAGAGGAUGACAUUGAAUUGAGGGGGGUAAUCGGGGACAUACCUGUCAGGGUCUUGGUAGACACGGGAAGCUCACAUAACUUCCUACACCCCGACGUGGCGGAAAAGUUAGCUCUCCCACUGCAGCAGAUUCGUCCUUUCCGAGUGUAUGUCGGCAAUGGGGAGUCAUUGUUAUGUUCCUUUGCGAGCAUCCAGACCAGAUUGGUCAUUCAGAAGCAUGUGUUUUUGGUCGAUUUACACAUUUUACCAGUACAUGGUCCUGAUGUGAUUCUGGGGAGGAUCUGGCUCAAACAGAUGCGCAGGGUCACAAGCGAUUAUGUCGACGGAACGUUGGAGUUUUCUCGGAAUGGGAAACGUGUGUGUCUUAAACUCGUGCCCCCAUCAGCGAGGGAGGUAUCCUUGAAGACGUUCUCGUCAUUGUUACAACUACAGGGCGGGGAGGAGUUGUUCGAGUUAAUUCAACUCCCGCCAACAGAGAGUAACCCAGCGACGGAGGAUGGGACGCUGGCAUUGCCACGGGAACUACCGGAAGAAAUUCGGAGCGUCUUGGUUUCACACGGAGACGUCUUCGGCUUGCCUUCGGGAAUGCCCCCUAGACGGCAGUUUGACCACAAGAUUCACAUCUUGCCCGACGCCAAACCAAUAAAUGUGAAACCUUACCGUUAUCCAUACUUUCAGAAGAAUGAGAUAGAGAAGCAGGUGAAAGAGAUGUUAGAAUCAGGGUUGAUUCGCCCAAGUCAGAGCCCCUUCUCCUCGCCGGUUCUACUGAUCAGAAAAAAGGACGGGUCCUUCCGUUUUUGCAUCGAUUACCGGGCAUUAAACGCAGCAACCAUUCCUGAUCAUUUUCCGAUACCGACGACGGAUGAGUUGUUCGAUGAGCUGGGUGCGGCCAGAUUCUUUACAAAAUUGGAUUUACGAUCGGGCUAUCAUCAAAUCCGCAUGAGCGAUGAAGAUAUUUUUAAAACGGCAUUUCGCACACAUGACGGCCACUUUGAGUUCCUAGUGAUGCCGUUUGGAUUGACAAAUGCUCCCUCAACAUUUCAGGCGGCGAUGAACGCAAUUUUCAGACCCCUUUUGCGUCAGUCGGUGAUAGUAUUUUUCGAUGAUAUCCUCAUCUACAGCCCAUCCAUGCCAGCGCAUGCACGCCAUAUCCAUGAAGUAUUGUCUAUCCUCAAGGCUCAUCACUUCUUUGUUAAGUUAUCUAAAUGCACAUUUGCGUGCUCUACAGUGGAGUACUUGGGUCACCUAAUCGCGGACGGGAACCUGAAAGCUGACCCGGCUAAAAUUGAGGCAAUGACGGUAUGGCCGGUUCCAAAAACGGUGAAGCAGCUAUGA